GCUACCUCUGACCUGCGCACCCCGGUGGCAAUUGGGCAGCCACUAACGAUACGAAAGGCAUCUAUGCGUACGGUUUCGAGCGCCCGUCUGCUAUUCAGCAGCGCGCUAUCAUGCCGGUCAUCAAGGGUCACGACGUCAUUGCCCAGGCUCAGUCCGGCACCGGCAAGACCGCGACUUUCUCUAUCUCGGUUCUGCAGAAGAUCGACCCGAACCUGAAGCAAUGCCAGGCGCUUAUUCUCGCCCCAACUCGUGAACUGGCUCAGCAGAUCCAGAAGGUCGUUGUUGCCAUUGGCGACUUCAUGAACAUUGAGUGCCACGCCUGCAUUGGCGGUACUAGUGUCCGCGAGGACAUGAAGGCCCUUCAGGACGGCCCUCAGGUCGUUGUCGGCACUCCUGGCCGUGUCCAAGACAUGAUCCAGCGUCGUUUCCUCAAGACGGACAACAUCAAAAUGUUUGUCCUGGACGAGGCCGACGAGAUGCUCUCCCGUGGCUUUACUGAGCAAAUCUACGACAUCUUCCAGCUGCUGCCGCAGUCUACCCAGGUCGUCCUGCUCUCCGCUACCAUGCCCCAGGACGUCCUCGAGGUCACGACCAAGUUCAUGCGCGACCCCGUCCGCAUCCUUGUCAAGAAGGACGAGCUUACCCUCGAGGGUAUCAAGCAGUUCUACAUUGCCGUUGAGAAGGAGGACUGGAAGCUCGACACCCUGUCGGAUCUCUAUGAGACUGUGACCAUCACGCAAGCCGUCAUCUUCUGCAACACCCGCCGCAAGGUCGACUGGCUCACCGACAAGCUCACCGCCCGCGACUUCACCGUCUCGGCCAUGCACGGCGAUAUGGACCAGGCUCAGCGUGACCUGAUCAUGAAGGAGUUCCGCUCGGGCUCCUCCCGUGUCCUCAUUGCCACCGACCUUCUGGCCCGUGGUAUCGACGUCCAGCAGGUGUCGCUGGUCAUCAACUACGACCUUCCCGCCAACCGGGAGAACUACAUCCACCGCAUUGGUCGUGGCGGUCGUUUCGGUCGUAAGGGUGUUGCCAUCAACUUCGUUACCGCCGAUGAUGUGCGCAUGAUGCGCGAGAUUGAGCAAUUCUACAGCACCCAGAUCGAGGAGAUGCCCAUGAACGUGGCCGACCUGAUUUAAAACGACCUUCUCAUCUGACACAAUAUACACUCCUUCUUCUUCGGGAUACCUGAGGAAGGACACCGCUAUUUCGGGUAGAAAGAAGAAGAGGUUGCCAGUUACAGGGUUUUCUCUUUUUUUUUUGCCCUUUUUUGUGGGGGGGUCGGCAUCUGGUUGGCAUCCACAAAAAGCUCUGAUAGUUGAUAAGGGGGUUUGGCGCCUGCACCUUAAUUGGUGAACGGUGUGAGUGCGGUGGUGCCUCUCAAGGAAGGCUGGUCUGAUUUUUUUUUAACGGCUUUUACCGGCUCUUCAGUGCCAUAUAUACGCAGAGUUAGGGAGGUUACCAAAAUGCGACGUAGACUGAAACCACGACUUCGUACGCGUAUGAUCCUG